UCUUCACUUUGCAUGGGUGGCACUAUCAGUAUGAACAACGCAAGGACACAAUGUGAAGUAACUUUAAGAUUAAUGGACAAGGAACUGACCAAAUAGCAAGAUAAAUUCCGCGUGCAUAUGCAACCAUCUGUAUAUAAAGCCAAUAUGUAAAACGAUUUUUUAACGUUGAUUGUCAAAGUCGAAGUGAACGCCCUCUUGCUGAAGCAACAGAUGGCAGGCGAAGGGGAUAAAGAAGCUUGCGUUCACGAAACCAAGAGGUCACCUUUGCAAAUGCCACAAGUUUUCAACCGUCUGGUUCAGUUACCGAUUGUAAAAUCAACUUGUGAAAAAGUGUCUGAGAUGUACGAACGUACGAAGGAGUAUAGUCUUGUUUCGAUGGUCGGGUUGAGCGCUGCAGAGGUGUCGAUAAACGCAGUUGUGGUCGCCGCCAAGGUGACAUAUACUUCUUUGCCUUCCUCUGGUGUGAUGGGAAAAGUGAAAGAAGGUUUCGAAGAAAAAGUUUUCCAAGCUGAUUCGAUGGCCUGUGAUGGACUGACAUUCCUGGAGAAAAAAUGGCCGAUAAUAAAGGACAACACAGAACAAGUUUUGACAAUCGGAGCUAAGAAACUGGAGCAGUCAGAUCUUGCGGAAGUCUUACUCACUGUUACAGAAGCAGCAAUUGAAUACCUCCUCCCACCUCAAGAGAAAUGUAUGAAGGAGGGUGCUGCUGAAGCCCCGCUUUCCCAAAGUAAAGUCGAUCGAAUCCAGGGAAUCGUUAAUGUGAUCAAGGGUGAAGGGGAAAAGGUUAUAACGCGGGCAGCCUCGGUUCCAGGUCGAGUCACUCUAGCUGCGAUUGAUGGCGCCAAAACUGUAGCCACGUGGUCAUGGGGCAUCUCUCAAAUCCUGCUGCAAAACGUAACGGUGAUAGGAAGAAUUGUCGGAGCCUUUUGGGACGUUUGGAACGCUACUAAACGGAAAACUUUUUUUUUCUUGCCGUCGUUCCUCGGAGGAAGAGGAGGAGAAGGAAAGGAGCGGCUUGGACGAAAGAAAAACCCGACAAGAUCCAGUCGCUACAAACCUAAAGCAGAAUAUUCUCGAAUCAUCGAUGCUUCUCAACCAUUCCCCGUUUCUCCCGAGCGGAAGCGAAGGUACGACAGAGAAGACGAAGACGGUACCUUGAUAGUGGAGCUUAUACACGUCAGCGAGGAUUACGUUUCCGAUGAAGAUCCGGACUAUGUUCCGGAUGAAGCCGACCUCGAGAAAAGUGAGUCGUCGGAAGACGAAGACGAUGACGACGAAGCUGAGGAUAGAGAAGACGAACAAGGUGACAAAGAUGAAACGGAGGCUGUCGAAGUGACGGGAUCAAAGGAAAGUUCCCCCAAAAAAGAGGAGAAGUCAAAUCCAAAAGAGUCAGAGGAGGCCAGGGAGGAAAUGAAAAGGGAGCGAAAUGGCGAGGUCAAGGAUACGUCUAAGAAAAACGUUUCUGUCAAAGAUGAGAAGAAAACAGAGAACAAGGGUGGUGAACCUAACCAUAGCCAGAAAAACGACGGAAAGGAAGUUGGUGCCAAGAAUCAUGAUUUAUCGGAGAAGGAUGCAAAGAUAGCUGCCAAUAGCAGUAAAAAAUCAGGAAGUCCUCAUAAAACUGAAGAAAGAAUUGUCCUGUAAGACUGAUUGCAUCUUUGUAACCUUCCUUACCACUGAAUUGUAUGUUUCUUUUUCUAGUUACAAGGAAUGCUUCAUGGAGACAUGUGUAAUUAUUGUAUUUAUCAUGUUUGUCCGUGAAAAUAGGUAAGCCCAGCACUACAAGGAUUUAACGUCAUUAUGCUCAUAAGAGCUUCCGCGAAAUGAGUAUCUGUUAGAAGUAAGUAUGUCCAUGAUAAAGUGUAUGAUAAAGGACAGUUGCAGCCGAGAAAGAACAGCCUUUGACAAGUGUGUGUUGCCAUUUACGGCGAAUAAAAAGUAUUAUUUUUCGGUGUUAAUGAA